AUGGUUUAUCUACCGCCCGACCAACAUGGCGAUUGCCUCAAAUGCUAUCUUGUCACUCCAUUCGCAGAUGACGAGCUGAAAGCUUUCAAGUCGGCCUUUGAGCGUGGCGCAUACUACAAAUCCGCCCCAAUGAUGCAAAUCAAAAUUAUGCACGCACCGGACGAUUAUCUAGGCAAAUCGCACCAAUACAUGCGCGCGAAAGAAACCGAAGCUGGCAACACGAAUCCAUUCAUCGUCGUUGACGAAGAAGCCAAGAGCAGACGCGCAGUCUGGUAUAUUGACCAGUUCGCUGAGGAAGACCAAGUCGAGGAUGGAACCGCUGAGAGCACGGAUGUUGUUAUGAAGAUCCUCAUUCAGACCCAGUGUUUGGGUAUCAACUAUAUCAACUACGCUAUUGCCAAUUCGAGCAUUGAGGAGGAUCUUGAUAACUGCUCAGUGGAAUUACCCCUCACCAACGACUUUUAUCAGCCCGACCCGCAAGAUUGCGGUGGUCCAGACUUUGAGUACAAGCAACCCCAGCAAGAUGUCUGGGUUAUUGCUGAGCCUGGGGAAUUCGAGGAGAGCACCGAUCCUGAGCUGUUGAAUGACUUCUCCCCUCAUCCGGAUAAGGUGGUUAGGCUGAAAGAGGAUGCUGCCGAGUCUGUUGGGCUAGUCAGCUCUUGGACGAUUUCAGGUGAUGCAAAGCCUAUUGAUUUGGCUGGAAAAGAGUUUCCCGAGGGGAGUGUUGUUUUACAGCAGAAGUAUAAGCCUGGCUUUCCAUGGCCAGCGGAUUCAUUGUAG